GCCUGAGGCCGCGGCGACUUGCCUGUAGCACACGUGCUGGUGCUCUCAAGGGGGCGAUGCUCACACGUCGGGCCCUGCUGCGGCGCUCCUUACAAGUACAGCGCGCACUGCUUCGGUCGGCGCGGAUUCCUCCUGCCAGCCUGAGGCGCGGCGUCGUCCUGCUACCGCGCCGGCCGCCGCUGCUGCUUCACUCGCGUGCGCUCGCUUCCAAGUCGAAGUCUGAGAAGGCACCUCCACCGGCGCGGUGGUCGCCGCAGUGGGUGUGGGACCACGCAAAGGAGAUGGCGUCGCACUACUGGCACGGGAGCAAGCUGCUCGCCGCCGACACGCGGAUCGCCUCGCAGCUGCUGGUGAAGAUGAUGCGCGGUCGCGUCCUCUCGCGGCGCGAGCACAGCCUGCUGGUGCGGGUGCUGGGCGAUCUGCUGCGCGUCAUCCCGCUCGCCUUCUUCCUCCUCGUGCCGAUGAUGGAGUUUGCGCUGCCGUUUGCGAUCCGGCUCUUCCCAAACCUGCUGCCGUCCACGUUCGAGGAGAAGCACCAGAUCGAAGAGAAGCGGAUCAAGCUCCUCAAGGUGCGUCUUGAGGUGGCCAAGGUGCUGGAGCACACUCUGGAGGAGCGUGCGAAGGAGCUGAACAGGGCGACCAAGGCGAAGGCGGAGGCGGGCGGCGGCGACGCGGAGGAGCCGUACCCGCGCGACCUGUUUAGCAAGUUCAUGCGACGGAUGAGGGAGGGCGAGCGUCUGUCGCGGGAGGAGACGCUGCAGGUCAUGUCGCACUUCAAGCAUGUCGACUCACCAGACGCGCUCAACAGGCAGCAGCUCACCCUGCUCUGCAACUUCCUCGGCAUGCCUUCCUUCGGCCCCGACCCGGUCCUCCGCUUCCAGCUCCGCACCAAGCUGCGCCAGCUCCGCAACGACGACAAGGAGAUCAUGUGGGAGGGCGUCGGCUCGCUCACCCGAGACGAGCUCCUCGCGGCCAUGCGCGCGAGAGGGCUGCCGAGCGCGGGGCUCGGCCAGGCGCAGAUGGCGGCUGCGCUGCAGGAGUGGCUGCAGCUGUCGCAGAACCGCGAGAUCCCGUCCGUGUUGCUGCUGCUCUCCAACGCGCUCCGCUUCGCGCGCGUGCGCGACUACCAGCAAGAGGCCCAGGCGGAGAGGGAGGCGGCGGCGGCGUCGAAGGUGCUCGACGACGAGGCCGCGCAGGUCGCGCUCUCGUCGAUGCGCGAGGAGGUGAUCGACUCGGCGGGCAGCGGUGCGGCCAAGGGGGCGGCGACCACCACCAAGGAGGCGCUGGCGUCGCUCGAGCGCGAGGCGGAGCUGGCGGAGCUGGUCGAGGAGGAGAGGCAGCUCAAGCGCGCAGGCGUCGACAAGGUCCCGUCGAGCGUGCGGCCGGCGGAGGCUGUGACGUGGAGCGGGGGCGGGAGCGGCGACAAGGCGGCGGCGGAGAAGGCGUCGCCCGCGGCUGCCGACGGCGCGGCGACGGCGGAGGAGGUGGAGGAGGAGGAGGCGACGCGGCUGUCGCGGGAGCAGGUGCGCGACAUCGCGGCGGCGGUGGAGACGCUGUCCGCGACGAGCGCGCUGGAGGGCGAGACGACGGAGUGGCAGGAGCGAAGUCACACUACUCAGCACUACUCAGCACGCCAUUGCUAA